GUGCACAUGCGCAUUGAGUCUUAAACUUACAGUUGAUAUGGAAAGAUGAUACGACUUUGGAAGAAUUUAGCUUGAUAACGUGCUACUUAGCUAGCUACCUUUUAAAUUUACACAUAUUGGGUCAGUUUAAAAGCAGCUUUAAUCGUCAAAACACAACCUGUAAUUUAACCCUCCCAUAAAGUGUACCCAGGGAGGCUGAUAUUCAUCCCUCAAGUUCCCAGGGAUCCCUCAGCCUGCCCUGAUGAAGGCCGAGCAAGACGGAGACCUUCUCGAAGACUCCUCUCAGGAGGAUGGAGUCCAGACUAACCAGUACAGCUCCAUCUCUCCUCCGGCCUCCCCAGUGGCCCAGGAUGAACCCUUCUCCACAUAUUUUGAAGACAAGGUGGCCAUUCCCGAGAAUGUCAGCCAGGUGUUCAGUUUCCGUAAGCUCUGGGCCUUCACCGGACCAGGGUUUCUGAUGAGCAUUGCUUACUUGGAUCCAGGGAACAUUGAGUCUGACCUGCAGUCUGGAGCUAAAGCUGGCUUUAAGCUCCUAUGGGUGCUCCUUGGAGCCACUGUCAUUGGGCUGCUGUUGCAGAGGUUAGCUGCACGCCUCGGGGUCGUCACUGGGAUGCACCUGGCUGAAGUCUGCAACCGCCAAUAUCCCACGGUUCCUCGGAUCAUCCUGUGGCUGAUGGUGGAGCUGGCAAUUAUUGGCUCAGACAUGCAGGAGGUCAUUGGCUGUGCCAUAGCGUUCAACCUUCUCUCUGUGGGCAGGAUUCCACUGUGGGCAGGAGUCCUCAUCACCAUCACAGACACAUUUGUGUUCCUCUUUCUAGACAAAUACGGCCUGAGGAAACUUGAAGCUUUCUUUGGCUUCCUCAUCACCGUAAUGGCUCUGAGCUUUGGUUACGAGUAUGUGCUGGUAAGUCCAGACCAAGGAGAGCUGCUGAAGGGGAUGUUCUUGCGUCGGUGCCGCGGCUGUGGGCCUCCGCAGUUGGAGCAGGCGGUGGGAAUCGUAGGCGCCGUCAUCAUGCCCCACAACAUCUACCUGCACUCAGCGCUGGUCAAGUCUCGGGACAGGCGCAAAAAUAAGAAAGAAGUAAAGGAAGCCAACAAGUACUACUUCAUCGAGUCAACUGUCGCUCUCUUCGUCUCCUUCCUCAUCAACGUCUUUGUCGUAGCAGUCUUUGCUCAGGCCUUCUACGGGAAAACCAAUAUUGAAAUGAAUCAGGAGUGCAAUGCAACCGGCAGCCCUCACUCAGAUCUCUUCCCUCUCAACAACGGCACACUGGAGGUGGACAUCUACAAAGGGGGAGUGGUCCUGGGCUGUGUCUUUGGGCCUGCAGCCCUCUACAUCUGGGCAAUAGGGAUCCUGGCAGCUGGACAGAGUUCCACCAUGACAGGCACUUACUCUGGGCAGUUUGUCAUGGAGGGUUUCCUGAACCUACGAUGGUCCCGUUUUGCUCGGGUGUUGCUGACCCGCUCCGUCGCCAUCAUACCUACACUGCUGGUAGCCAUUUUUCAGGAUGUUCAGCAUCUGACCGGGAUGAACGACUUCCUCAACGUGCUUCAAAGCAUGCAGCUACCAUUUGCAUUGAUCCCAAUUCUGACCUUUACCAGUCUGACAUCCAUCAUGAACGACUUUGCAAACGGAAUGGUGUGGAAGAUUUCCGGAGGCAUCGUCAUCCUGUUGGUUUGUGCAAUCAACAUGUACUUUGUGGUGGUUUACGUGACGGCGCUGAACAGUGUGCUGCUCUAUGUUUUCGCUGCUCUGCUCUCCAUAGCCUAUCUGUGCUUUGUAGGCUACCUGGCAUGGCACUGUUUGGUUGCCUUGGGAGUUUCCUGCCUGGACUUUGGCAGCAGGAUGCAACGGUCACCGCACACAGGCAUUUUCUUAAUGAGUGACAUGGAUACUGAUAAUCUGAUUGAGAGAUAGGAGGACUCAUUGGGGGGAUGUUGAACUGAUGACCCGACAGAAGUGUGGGACCACUGAAGCUCGGCCAGUAUGUUUGUCUUCACCUCUCUGUGCCUAACCGGUUUCUGAAGUGUCCUUACAGUUCACAUUGUGUGAUACACCAGCCAAUGUCUAAUCCAAUGAUGGAUGUUUUCCAUCGCAAAGGUCUCAGCAACCUCAGCUAAAUAAUGUUUAUGCAAAUAAUGGUUAAAUAUGUCUAAAGGAUUUAGGUUCCUGUGACAGUAAACUACAUCAGUUUUUUGACAAAACAAGUAUGUUAAGGUCCAAUAUAUCACGUUUGCCAACCAGACGCUACCGUGAUGAGAUUAUUGCUUUCCAUUUAGAAAUCGCACAAUAAUUAACUCACUAUUCCACAUCACUGAGAUGCCAGUCUUGAGUUCAGAGACAUGCUGCACUAAAGAUGCUAUGGGCCUCCAUUAUGGCCACCAGGCCACACAAUUAAUCUAGUUUCUUUUUUAUUUUAUUUUUUAUUUCUUUAUUUUCCACUUCUUUUGGUUCAGUUUAGCUGACAUGACAUAAAAAAAUCAGAUUUUGCCAUUGUCACACAUCCCCACAGAGUGAGAACAGGAUUAAUAUCUGAUGUAAAUGUUGUAUGAUUUAUUCAUAAAAAGGAAAAUUCAAACACCAACGCUGCGGCAUGAUGUUAACAAUUCUUUUAUGUGUUUGGUGGGGACUGAACAGCUUCCCUUUAUUCUAGUUUAUAUUCCAAUAAAAUCUCUAGUGAUUUAAAGCAUUUGUCUAUAUGUAAAUAUGUGACUAAAUGUUUUUAAAUAAUAUAUUAAAUAUGACUAUACCACUUGAGAAAUAUACAAUAUAUUUGUGUAAUUAGUCACAAUUUUUCUGGUGUUUUAUACUAUAUAAAAGAGAGUGACAGUUUUAUGUCAUUCUAUGGCCAGUUAUACAUCUAUUUUAGAUUCUAGGAAUUUCUGUUCUUGAAGAUAAGGUCUGUACUGUACAUAUUUUUUUGUAUUUUCCAAGUCUUUCAGGACCAGAACAAUUGCUAAUUGUAAAUUAUUGCCACCAUGUGUAGGAUUUUCACAUUCUAUUUCAGUGGUCCUUGGUGGUAUAGUAUCUAAAAAAAAGACACUGGCAGCAGACACUCACUUUAAGCUACAUAAUACAUGUGUUCAGCACAUGUAUACAUUCCCAAUAAUUAAUUUAUGAAUUUUAGUUCAUACAUUUGCAGUAGACGUUUCGUAUAAUUGAUCAGUGAAUGCAGGACUUGGUGUUUGAUCCACUGAGUGUUUCACAGCCUGUUACAGGCAUCUUAUUCAAUCAAUGCUCACACAUUACAACAUAAUCAUGUUGUAUCUUCUAUUAUUUCUAUUCUCAUUUAAGUUUAGGUAGUUUGUUUUUAGAUUUGUUUAUUUAUCUGUAGUUAAUAUAUUUUUUUUAUAGAUGCUACUUUGGCUUGUAUGGAGUUUUAGUUCAUGUUUAGUUUGGUUUAAAAUGUUUUUAUUUUGUUACAUCAGCAGCUAGCCUUUAUUAAGCCAAAUUUGCGCCAAACGGGGUAUGAUGUGUGCAAAAAAGCAUUAGUUUACAGAAAAAUAUGGCAUUUAAUUUCUGAAAUGAAUAUGGAAGAAAAAGUUGAGUGAGGUAAACGGUAAAUCUAUAAGAAGUAAUGUGGUGUAUAACGAGUAGCAGCACGGCACGUGUUCAUUGUAUCUCAGUGCUCCUCGUGUCCUGGCACAAGAUAGUUUUAGUUACUCCACUCCGGUUUACCAGGAGAUUCAUGGGAGUUUGUAAUUGUACAACACAUGAACAAGUUUGACUGUUUCAAAAUGUGGGAGACCAGUGUUAGCUUAGCAACAGAGUGCUUAUACGUAUGAAAAAAUGCCUCUAAUUGGGAGAGUUGGACACUUGCGUGUCUUCUUGUGCACUUCACUAACUUAGCACCUUUUGAAAAACAUAUAUAUAUAUUUUUUUUUAACAUAAAAUAAAACAAGAAAAAGAGUACAGAGAAGAAACUAGAGAAGGAGACAGAAAAUUAUAUGAAAUAAUAAUGCCAAACAACAAUGGAAUCUGUCAUAAAAAUCAAAAACAUUUCAGAGGUAUGAUUGUGCACUGCUGGUGCUUUCCUUGACCAAAUACUGAACUGCACUUGUAUAUUAGAAUUGCUGUGCAGACAACCAGAGUGCUUCGUGUAUUCACCACUGUGCCUCAUUUCUAGGAUCUCUAGCACACUAUUCAGUCAAUAGGAUUACAAGCCAAUACAAGAAUCUCACAAUGUUGUAGGUGGAACAACACAACUGUAGUACAGUGAGCAAAACAAUUAGAACACUGUAAGAAUUUGUGUUUUAGGGUUGGGUAUUACAUUUUUUGAAAGUCUAAUAUAUUUUCAAAUUUGUUUUCUUUUAGCCAAUGUGUUCUGCAUUUGCCAUUAUACUUUCUGAAAGACUAAUAUUUUUCUUAGGAAAGAUAUAUGUAUAUUUUUCCCCACUGCGAGUUGCAUAAAAUGAUUAUGUGACUAAUUCCAAGUUUGAAAUGACAUAUCAUGCCAAAUAAAAACCAAAUAUUUGUGCAAAAGACCUUUUUUAGUAAUUUCACUCCAGCAAAAAACACUUGUUUUGACAGUUGACAUUGUAAGCUGUAUAAUAAAAUAGUUUUACAUUAUGGAGGACCAUUGAUGGCAACACAGCAUUAGGUUAAUACUUGAAAGUUAUUAAUUUAGUUAGUAACUAAGUUAGUUCAAUCAACAUAUCUCCGUGCCGGAGAAGUGCAUUUGGUCGGAGUAUGUUAGUCACGCGUGACGCGUACAUGGCCUGGCUGUGUUCUAAUCUAACUUCUAGUGAAUUCUAUUGAAAACAUGCUACUGCCCUCAGUUAAACCAUAUUUCUUAUUGAUAACUGUGUCAUUUGUUGCAUGUGAAGUAUUUUAAAGUGUCGGAGUAUGUUGGGAUUGUCAGAGACCAUUUUCUGGUUUCUGGUAAAUGUGAUAUUUCUGAUUUGAUUCAAUUGUAAAGUAUGAUACAGUAUUGAGACCGUACUGAAAGUGUUUUUUCCAACAUCUGUUUU